AGUCUACUACUAACAGAUCAUCUAUCUAGGGAAGAUUUGAAAAUUCCAAGUCUAGUCGAUGAGGCAACUAAUACUAGAGGUAAACCCUGGCCUAUAUAUUACAAACUGUGAUGAAGUACGAACCUUGCUCAAAAUCUGCAUAUACAGUCUACGUGUAGAUAUUAUCGCGUCAGUUUCUGAAGUUGGCCACAGAAAAAAAAACUGCACUACUGGGUACCGGUUACCCCUUUCAUUUUUCCAGUUCAUAUUAAGCUCCAAGUAAAACUCGCAUUCAAUUGAUUAUUGACUAGUCUACAAUGUUUCAAGCUAUAAUACGCAGUACUACAAACGUCACAAGAAGAAUGUUGACAGCUCUGCAACCAAGGGGUCUAUCGGGUGUACAAGAUGCAAUGGAUAGAGAAAGAAGAAUAAAAAGCGUUCUCCAGGAAAAGUUUCCAACUGCUACAGACAUCCAGGUGGAAGAUAUAUCUGGUGGUUGUGGAGCUAUGUAUCAAGUCCAUGUUGAAUCGGAUGUGUUUAAAGGCAAGAGAACUGUCCAACAACACACGCUGGUUAACAAGGCUUUAGCCGAGGAAGUGAAAGAGAUGCAUGGACUGAGGAUCUCUACCACUGUCCCUGAGGAGAGCAGCUGACCCCAGGACCGGACCAAUCUUCCUCCGAACUUUGGCAUCAAAGGUGCAAAAAGACAUGAUGAAAUUACAAUCAGGUGAAGCUGUACACGAACAUUGGGAAACAGAGCUGUGUAACAGUACCUUUAUAACAUCCGUAGAGUGGUGCUAUUGGAUUUACAAUCAUGCUGUGUGACAGAAUACAAAUUAAUAUACCAUCUAAAUGAUGCCGCAAGAACUUUAACUGCAUGUUCAAAAUUAGGGAUGCCUGUUUUUAGGCCAUAGCCCCAUUUCAGGCUACGUGGCCUUCAGGCUUUAUAAUAUUGAUUGGCACAUGCACUGGGACUCUACCAGUCUCUUUUCAAGCUCAUUCAGUAAAAUAACCGGUUAAAACCAAUCGAUAUCCCUGUAUAUGGGUUAAUAGUAAUUCCCCUGUGGCUUGAAUUAUACUACAUGUAUGUGUUACUUUUUUUCAAUCACUCCGGUGCCAAUAAGUAUUCAAACAGGUGUCGUAAUGAACUUUCACUUUAACAGCAGUUUUAUGGCUUGUAUUGAUCAUAUUGAAUUGAAUGGAAUAGAUUUGAAUUUAAUUGAAUAGAAUCAACUUGUUUAACAGAUGUAUUCGGCAUAACAUAUGAUAUCAACCACGGGACUAAACUGCAGACUGGAUGCGUCUGUUUCUGUAUCAGAAAGAUUUUUGCCAAUGAAUGUUGCCAAUCUUAUACUAAAGACACUCUGUCCCUUUUGCAGCCAACAUCAAAUUCUGUAGAACUUUGCAGGAAUUAUGAAUAUGUAAUGUAUGUCUAUCUGUGAAAUUUAAAUGU